AAUUCCUCUGUUUUCUUUCUCUGUCUCUCUCUUUGAUUUGGCAGGAGGUGUUGAGGAAAGGGCCUAUCCGCGUUCACCCCGAGGCUCUUCUCUCUCUCUCUGUUCAUAUAUCUAUAUAUACACGCAUAGAUACACCCAAUUGUGCCCUAAAUUCAUUUCUUUUCGCCGCCUUGUAUGACCUCAUCGUAAUCCCCCCUCUAUUUGUAUGUUCAUGUUCGAUUCAUUCAAUCAUAGAUCCACGACACAAAGCUUGAAUUUUUGCUUAUAACAGAUCUGGGUCGAAUCAAGUUGGGUUCGCCAAAGAUCGGUUACAGAGUCGAUUUUGAUAAAACAUUAUUUUUGGUCGAUUUUGGAUAAUUGAGAAAUGUCGCUUUUCCCCAAAAGCGUUUCGAUUCAAAUUCGAGAGGUGUGGAAUGACAAUCUGGAAGAAGAGUUCUCUGUGAUUCGCCAAAUUGUCGACGAUUUUCCGUACAUCGCUAUGGAUACCGAGUUUCCAGGCAUUGUCCUUCGUCCCGUUGGCAAUUUCAAGAACAGUCAUGAUUUCCAUUACCAAACACUGAAGGACAACGUAGAUAUGUUGAAAUUAAUUCAGAUAGGGUUAACAUUUUCUGAUGAGCAAGGCAAUUUACCUAGUUGUGGAACCGAUAAACAUUGCAUUUGGCAAUUCAAUUUCCGGGAAUUUAAUCCCAAUGAGGAUGUCUUUGCCAAUGAUUCGAUUGAGCUCUUGCGUCAAAGUGGGAUUGAUUUUAGGAUGAAUAAUGAAAAGGGUAUUGAUGCCAAGCGUUUCGGGGAGCUCUUGAUGUCGUCGGGGAUAGUUUUGAAUGAUUCUGUGUUUUGGGUUACCUUUCAUAGUGGGCAUGAUUUUGGGUAUUUGCUUAAGCUCUUGACUUGCCAGAAUUUGCCUGAUUCGCAAACUGGAUUCUUUACUUUGAUUAAUGUGUAUUUUCCAGUCGUUUAUGAUAUCAAGCAUCUCAUGAAGUUCUGCAAUAGCCUUCAUGGUGGAUUGAACAAGGUGGCAGAGUUGUUGGAAGUUGAGAGGGUUGGUGUUUGUCACCAGGCAGGUUCGGAUAGUUUGCUCACAUCUUGUACUUUCAGGAAGUUGAAAGAGAACUUCUUUAGUGGCUCACUGGAGAAGUAUGCUGGUGUCUUGUAUGGUCUAGGUGUUGAGAAUUGACAGAAUACCCAUUCAGAAAAAUAUGAAAAUGAAUAAAAAUAUGUGAAAGAAAGAAAUGAUAGUUAUUUAUUAGACUCCAUAAGUGUGGAAUCUGUGGAUGAUGGGACCACAUUUCUUUGUAUACUCUUGAAAAUCAAAGUUCUUAAUUGAUGAAUAUUUAGUUAUGAUGGCUUAAUUCUUCUCUCUGUUCUGUGC